UAGUGGUUAAAUCAUUUAAUGUUCUCUCUCAGCUCAUCUUCUCAUGCCUACAGCUCUGACAAGAGAGUUUGGCACUCUGUAUUCAUCUGGGUUGAAUACAGCAGCUCAGCUUUCAGAUGAAAUCAAGUUAGCAUCACAGAGUAUUCAUUACAUGCUUGAUCUUACGCUUUCAUCUGAGAACUCAACUAUUCUCUAGAGGGGAAGCAGUAUUCCUGACCAGACUCCUGGGGGCUGCAGGUCCACCUUUCUAAGGAUCAGAACAUGAAAGAUGUUUUGUUUGGUUGAAGACAGAAGUACAGCCUUGUCUUGCUGGGACAGACAAAGCCUAUUUUCACUGUCUGUGGUAUCUAUUUUUCUGUUUUUGUGGGACUGUUCAACUUUUCUUCCAUAAUUCACAGAUAUAAGAAAACAGUCAUUGUAAAAACUCUUUAUUUCAAGACAUAGUUGCAAACAUGAAUGUUUAUAUUUCUAAACAAUAGAAAUUUAUAAAUCCCAGUGAAAAACUUAAUCCUGUACCUAUUUGAACAAAAAGUGCUGUCCUACACCUUUUGUGUUUUGAGAACAGAAAGUAACACCAUCCCCUUUCAGCCAUUUCUGUAGGUACUUGUGAGGGUACCUCUGUUAGGAGGGAUUUGUGCUGUACCUAUUCCCUCCAGGAACAGAAGGUCUCUGGAGGACCUAACAAUUAGGAACUAGCUUUAAGUAAACUGAAUUCUGUUAAAAUUGGAAGGAAGGGGAAAGGAGGAAGAAAAAUAGAUGAAUCUGGGUAAACAUCACACAAUAGAAUUAAUGACAAGCAGGCAGGCAACAGGAUGGAGCUGAAGCCCAGCCUCCGGAUCCCUAACUCAUCACAUGCUGCUGGAAAACACCAGACGAACACAGGGGAAAGAGGCUGAAGUUACUGUCCCAUACACAUUUCACCAGGAGCAUUCAGACAAAAUCAGCUUGAAGAAAAAGAUGUGUUAAAGAGUUUAAUCUCUUGACAGAGCUACAAGUAGGCUUUUUCUGAAGAAUGGCAUUGAGUGACCUUCUUUACCCAGACAAUCCCAAGAGAAAGCAAGAAUUGAUCCAUUUGCAUCAGAAAUUGCUUGAGUGCAUGUCCACAAAUUUCCGUGCAACAAAUGAGCUGGUUGGAGUGCUGAAUGAACACCUGGGCUGUACCAUUUCCCACAUUCAGAUGAGAGAGAGCAGUACUGUCAAGGAAAACUGUGACAUAAUCAUUCAAGUGAUGAGUGAGAUUCAGCAUCAGGUACAGAAGAUUGAUAGUGACAUGAAGGAAAAGCUCGAGCCAGUGCUGUACCAGAAGCUAUAUGACAUCAAAGAGCCUGAACUGGAGAAAAUUGCAAUAGCUCAGAAAGUUUUUUCCAUUAUUCUUGGAGAAGCAACUUCAACAGCUGGGAUGGUAGCUAUCAAACUUCUUGGCUCCAAUCUUUUAACUUUCACUGUGAGCAAGCUCAUCGGUCUCCUUGCACAGAUUGGGGCAUCUGUUCUUGGGGGAAUUAGCAUUACCAUUAUUGGCCUUGGCAUUGAAAUGAUCCUCCAUGCCAUCCUGGGAGCCGUGGAGAGGAAUGAGCUUCUGACAGCUGUGAGAAGCUACGAGAAGCACCUGGCUGAGUUUAAAGCAGCCUCAGAAAAGUACCAGCGUGCCAUACAUGAAGUGACUUCUUUGGUGAGACAACAAGUUCAGUGAAUGAAGUCAGAGUUCUCUCUUCUCCUGUGACAGUGGCUGCAGCAGCUAUGCCUGAAGUAACCUUUUUGAUUCAUUAUCGCAAAUGAACUACUGAUGGCUUUUUUUCUUAUUAGUGGCAGCAGAGCAAGAGAUGUGACAAUUCUGGGAAUUGGCAAUGAAAUAUAUUAAUAGGAAACUGGCUUAUAGGUGUUUCUGGAUGGCAAUGUUUCAAAUACUUUGUACCUUUCCUUCACUAUUUUCUGGAAUGCAUUGUAGAUAACCUUGAACUGUAAUUCAUACCAGUGACAAUAAUACUCACUGCUGGAGCAGUGGUGGU